ACCAAAUUUUUUCAUAGCAUUGAAUCCUCACCAAGCAAUCAUAGAAAAGUCACUGUCAGAAUCUAGAAAAUUGCUUCAAGAAAGGUCUAAAUUAAUUGAAGAUAAACAGCAUUCAGAAAAAUCAACAAUGACGGAAAAAUUUGACUUGAGGACAGCAUCCUCUUUAUUGCCAGCUAUUACUAAUGAAGAAGAGUCCGUAUCGCAAUUAAUUGAUGCCAUAGAGUUAUAUACCGAUAUGCUCGAUGAUCAAGGUAAAAAGUCUCUGAUCAAUUAUGUGCUAAAAAUCAAAUUGACUGCAAAUGCUAAAUUGAGGUUACGGAAAGAGUAUCAGAAAGUUGAAGAUUUGGUAAUAGAUAUGAAAAAAACCCUCAUAACUAAAAAGUCACCAACAGCUUUAUCAACUCAACUCCACAAUCUGAAACAAGAGAAUAAGACAAUAGAAGAUUUUGCUAAACUAGUUGAACAGUUGUCUCUCGAUUUAACGAUCGCUCAAGCAGAUAAUGCACCGCGGUCGCAAGUUCACCAAUCAUUCGAAAAACAAUAACAAAGGGUACUCGAAACAGCAGAGAGCAUAUUUUGCCGAUAAUGGCACAAACUCUUGUACAGAGCAAAAUACCGAAGCAGAUAAGUUUUUUCGUGACCAACAGUCAUGUUAGUUACAAUUUGAAUGCUUUGAAUUAUGUUUCAGUGAAAUAUGGCAAGUAUGAAUUGAAUUUUUUAAUUGACACAGG